AUUUAAAAUUGUAGCCACGUAGGAAAUUGAGUGAGAUUCCACGUCAUCUUUGAAGCGUGAUAAAUAAAACGAAUUGCUUUAUUUAUUCUCAGCCAUUCCUUUUGAACGCGUCAUCACUUAAACAACCAUCUUUCUCAAAUUUCUCUCUUAUGUUCUCUGUGUUCUACUUCUCUUUCACAUUCUUCUUUUACCUGAUUAAAAGAUAAUCGGUUAAUCAAAUCGAAGCUUCUUCACAAAUUCACUCACCGGUUCCCGUUUUCUCAUUCUCUUCUUCCUCUGAGUGUUGUUCUAGGUUUUUCUCCGGCCAUCCUCCAUGGCGACGUCGUCUAUUCGCAUUGCCUGUGGCGGAAACAACCGUUUCACCGCCGAAGUCGGUAUUCCUAAGAGGUGUAAUAUUUGUUCUGUCGCGAUUGGUGAUUGGACUCGAUCAAAGGCGAGGAAGGGGAGGGUAUCGGCGGUGGCGACGGCGAGCGGACAUGAGAAUGGUAUGAUUGUGGAACAAAAGAGGGAGCGUGGGGGAGGGAAGAGCGACGCUGUUCAGGCUCAGGAGAGGCUUGAUCGGUGGAUGAGGGAAUCGGUGGUGGAUAUUGUGAAGAAUUUGAAGGAUGCCCCGUUGUUGGUGCAGGUUUAUUCAAAGAGGAAGGGUGAAACGGCGACGAUAGCGACGGAGAAGGCGGUUAUGGUGGAGGAUUGGGAGACGGUGAAGGAGAGAUGGCAGGCGGGAGAGAGUCCGAUGCCGGAGGGAGUUAUAUUCGUGGAGGAGUUAGGUGAAGAUGAGGCGGCGGAGGAAGACGGUGGAAGGGGGUUACAAGAAAGAACGACGAAGGUGUGGGGGAUAGUGGUUCAAGGGAAAGGUGUUGGGUGUGGACCAGUUUGUUAUUUGCUGAAAACGAGCCGGGUCGGGGCAGGACCCGGUUCGGGAAUGAGUGUUUUCUCGACCCACUUUUGUUUGGUUAGAGUGAAGAGUUUCAGGGAAACUGCACAGUCUCAACUUAAAAAUAGUUGGCUUUUACAGAGUCAAUGGCUUCAAUGAUGCAGCUUAUAGAUAUUCAGUAUUGUACAGUUUUGUAUGCAAUUUUUUGAAUUGCUACAAUUUCUAAUUGAUUACUGUGUAUCAAAGGUGUGGAUCUUGUAUAGGGCUAAAGCCAAUAUCAUUAGCAAUUAAUUCGAUUGAUUAAUCGAUCAAACUUUGAAAUGACCACUUGUUUCUUAGGGUUUUUUACUUGAUGAAUUAUUUGCCUUAGUUCAUCAUUAAGGGAUCCAAUUCAAUUCUCCCUUCGUUCGUUCUAGAUUGUAUCACUUUAGUAUUGAACCUGUGAUAUUGUUCUUAUUUA